AAACACAAAACAUACCAGGAAAAUUGUCAUAUUGGUUUGUGUACAAUUAUCAUCGAGUUGAUAAAUCAUUUAGCAAGAGAAUGCGAUAAUUUCGGCCUUUGUGUUAAUGUUGACAAUGGGUAACUCGAGAGAAUAUCAGGGUGGCAAACAGAACAUAUUUCAACAGGAUGUCUUCAAGAUAAUAUUCAUUUUAAUCGUUCAAAUACAGUUUGAGGCCUCCGGUGUCACGCUUUACGUCUCAAAAGCUCGUGGUCACGACCCUGCGAAUUCUUGUCAAAACAUGACGUCACCGUGUAAGACUUUGAAUCGCGUCAUCAAUAUGACCAAGGGAAAUGACGUCAUUAUGCUGGACGGCAACGACACAGAGACGAUGCCGUACGACACAUGUCCACAAAAAUCAAUAACAAUACCGCUGAAUUUUCAAUCCUGGUACGGAACGCCGAUUAUAAACUGUUCUGGGCUAGGAUUGAAUUUUCAAGAAACGGUCGAAAUUCGUGGUUUAAAAUUUCUCGACACAUUUCUCAGAAUCCAUGACCAUUCCUUGAAAAUCGACAGUUGUUCUUUUCGUAACCUGAUGUCAAAUACAACAUUUGAAUACUUGAUAAAUGUCCAGGUAAGCGACUCGCUGGAAAAUCUGAGAAUAAAUAUAACCAAUACGAAUUUCUUGGAAAAAAAUAACGCUGGAGCAAUAAGUGUCGUCAGCAAUCGACAGGCGCCCUCAGUUUUCGUGGAAAUCAGGAACAUAACCGUUGGCUACAAUUUACUGAAAGAAGGAAAUUUUGUAAUUUCAAUCCAAGGUUACGUGAACCUCAAUUUUAUAGAUUCUGUGAUUUUUAAUACAAUUGAUUCGACUAACGCAUCGACACCGUUGAUUAACUACAGCGGAUGUCUGAAAGAAGAAGAAAUGAAUAACUGGUCCAGCAAAACAAAUUGGAAUAACAGUUUGAAGGAAAGAAAGAAUUUUGACCAAAAUUUGAGCACCUUAAAAUUUUCUCUCGUCGGGAUUAAUUUUUCUUCCAACCAAGCUCGGAUCGUUCAAGCGGUGUUUUGUAGCACAGUCGAUGCGAGUUUCGCUAAUAUGACUGUUUCCAAUCACCGGAUGCUGAGAGAUGGUAUCGUCAUGACAGCAAAACUGGGAACACUUGAUGCUCGAUUCUUCAACUGCUCGUUUACAUCGAACCAGAAUGAACUAGGGGGAGGAAUGAUCACCGUUUCAUCUCAUAGUCUUGCUCUUUCUGUUGCAAAGUGCAAUUUCUUCAGUAAUGGUGCUGGUGCAGUGUACGCUAAGACAUCCCCAAGUGGCGUCGUAGCCAUCAGAAACUCUUUCAUUGUGUUUGGUAAGUCGAAAGGGUCGGCAGAAUCAUUCUGUGGGGCUCAGAUUUGCGUAAUGUUCAACAGCUCCAACGAUGCGUGGAUCAACUCUAGUUCAUUGUCGGGUACAUCCUUUGAGACAGAGGAUGAGGGUGUGCCACUCACUGGUACGGAUCUGGGUGGUCACACACACGUUUCACAUAGGACUGAAGAAUCUUCCAAUGGUGUUCCAGCGGUGUUGCGGAAAAACGGAGUGAAAGAUGCAUUCACAUUCUGGCCUGAUUACAAGGACCUCGAAUGGGUAAAAAAUGGGCACGAGCCUCGACCAGGCAAUUCUCUGAAUCUACCAUCUCUACCACAUCCAGGCUUGACGGUUGAAGAUUGCCAGUUUCAUAACAAUACGUCGUCUGACACAAGUAGUGCUGUGAUAGAAGUGCAUUCCUCAAGCGAGCCGCAAGUAACAGUCGCAAAUUUAAACGUCCAAAGGUCUGUGUUCAAAGGUAACUUAGCUUCGAACGGUAACGGUGCCAUAUACACAGUUGAAAAUAUUGGAUGUAAUAUUUCUGAUUCUAUCUUCGUCGAAAACAAUGGUGGACAGGGAGCUGGCGCAAUCGAAUUUCGUGGAACAACCAUGUUUCUUUUUAAUUGCACGUUGGAUAGCAAUAAUGGAGGAUCUAUUGAGAAAACUCAAGCCAUAGGUAGUGUCAGACUUAGCAACAUGGGAAAGGCUUUUCUUCUAAACUCGCGUAUAAUUCAACGCAGGUCUGUUUCCUCUGUCCGAAAGAAAGAAUACCACGGUACGCUUGGCAUAUCAAGCGACAUAUUCGAGGAACUUGUUCUGUCAAAUUCCACGCUUGAUAUGAGGUGGUCUCCAUAUCAGGAGAAAGUCAUAGUACUCGAGAUAGGUCAUACCAAGAAUUUUGUUCUAGACAACGACACUUCUAUCAUUUGUCCUUCGGGAUAUAGCAUCAAACACACAACGAAACUCUGGAUUUCUCAGAGUUUUGAAUGCAAUCUUUGCACGAUGGGUAGUUAUAGCGUACAACGUGGGGUGUACAGAAAUAACGCCGCGAAUAUGGUCGAUUGCCUUCCGUGUCCUUACGGCGGAAAGUGCAGAAGAGGUCUUGAAGCCUUGCCAAACUUUUGGGGAUACAAAGUCCAAGACAUCCCUCCGACAAUACAUUUCUCUCGGUGCCCAAGGGGCUAUUGCUGUCAAGGCUCGGCAAUGGAGGGCUGUGUUCCUUACGACACCUGCAACUCCAACAGGCACGGCAGACUGUGCGGGCAAUGCAUGCCGGGAUAUACCGAAGACCUUUUCACUCCAUUAUGUCGAAGAUCCGAGGAUUGUAGCGACUACUGGUUUUGGCCAAUGGCUGUGGCCUUUGUCUUAGGCUUCACACUCUACCUUAUCGUACAACCAGACAUUUCUGGAAUCCUACGCCGGAGUAUCACGUGGUUUAGGCCAAGCAAGCCACAGGUUUUCGACGGCGUCGAAGAUCAUCGUUCUCAUCAUAACCAGGACGUCCAAGACACGAUCCAACCCCUGAUCUUACCCGCGGACCAAACUAUCGUAUACGAAACCUCGGGUGCAGAGCGUAUCGUAUUUUUUUACUAUCAAGCCACUGACAUCCUGUCUGCGCAAGGCGCGCACAACACCAUCUGGGAGCACCAUCUGAACCAAUUCAUUUUGGGGUUUUUUAACUUCGACAUUCGCUUGAAUCGAGAUGGUUUUGCUUGCCCUUUCCAAGGGCUGACUCCUGUCUCCAAGCUGUUGUUUCACACUUUGGGAGUAUUCUCAGUUCUGUUUGCAAUUCCAUGUUUAUUUAUUUUCCAUAAAGCAAUCUCAAUGUGUCUUCCAGUUCGUUCGCCUACAAACGGCGUCUACCUAUCCGCCUUCCUCAAAGCAGUAUUCCUUGGCUAUACGGUCUUGGCUCGGAAAUGCUUGACCCUCCUGAAAUGUGUAACGGUCGAUGGUGUGAACUGCUUGUUCGUGAACUGCACUAUAGAAUGCUAUACCUGGUGGCAAACCCUCAUCGGGACACUGGUUCUGAUUUACUUUUUCCCGUUUGUAUUUGUUAUCUUUUUCGGCGCCAAAAAAAUGUACAAAAAACAAAUCAGCGUACUUCAUUUCUUCAUCGCAUGCUUGUUCCCGUUGCCUGUCUUGUCGUAUUGGUUAAUCAACCGUCGCCAUCUUGAUGGGCAGAUUGCAAUGGAAACUGGCCGAGGACAGGUCGCUGUUACUUCGGUUUUGAUCGGUUUGUAUCGUGUUCCGGAUCACGUCAGCGCUGGUGCCGUUUACUGGGAAAGCGUUUUGAUUGGUCGAAUGCUCGUGCUGAUCCUCGCCGGAGUUUUGAUCAAAGAUCCUUUUCUGAGCUCGCUUGCAAUGUUACUCAUGUGCGUUAUCAAUCUGGCGCUGCACAUUCAUAUCCGACCCUUCGAAAGAGUUCUUGAUAACCGUGCCGAAGCCAUCUCGUUAUUCGCCCUCAUUUUAAUUGCGAUGUUCAACCUCCCCUUCGCCGCGUAUCUCUCGGAGGGAGUGGUGCCUACAGGCCCAAUGUCACGUGUCAUGGACGUGUUCAUGUGGUGUCGGGUGGUUCUGAUCGGAUUUCUACCAUUAAUAUGCGUGCUUUUGUUGCUCAUCGCCGUCCUUUCGCAGGCCGCCAGAAUUGUGUUCCUACUUGGCAAGGGUGUUCGUUCCGCAUGCGUUUUUUGCGGUGUUUGUUGUGCCAAACGCGCGCCAAACAAUGAACUUGGGGACCCCUUGAUAGAAUAAAAGAUGUACGAGUCUUUUA